CGUCGUGAUGUAGGCCUAACGCGUUUUCUUUCAGAUUUCGUUGUUUAGAGCCGCUUUUACAGCUCCGAUAGUAAUUGAGAAUGCUGGUGACGCGGUGCUUUAGUCUUGCAAGCAUCUUAUAGCGAUGUGCUGUGGAAGACGACGACUUGGGUGCUUCGCGAGCCAACUAGCGUGCGGCAGUACUGCGGGACGCUCGCGCUGUAAACUUUUUUGACUGGAAUACUGUGUUUGUAACCACUUGUUGCACAAUUAGAGUUACCGAAGUGACUUUAAAUAAGUUAUACUCAUUUAAUGUGCGACCCGCACAUGACAAGCCCUUAAGAGUCUUUGUCGUUGCAACGGUCGUUUAACUCCCGCCAUGAGUAUUGACAUCGAAACGAGCGCUGUCAAUCAACGGUUAACUAUGCAUGAAUGUAGGGCUCACUGUCAUUUGUUUCAAUUUUUCGCAGCUGAACCGUUGUCCAUUCGUUGACAGAUCCACUGGGCACGCCAUGUGCUUCAGUAUUUGAAAGAAAUAAUGAAUUGACAAGAUGCAGGGAGCGGGGCGGAAAAAGUUGGUCGAGCUUAACCCCCAUCUGACCUGUGUCCUAUGCGGCGGCUACUUCGUUGAUGCGACCACCAUCAUUGAAUGUUUACACUCAUUCUGCAAGACGUGCAUCGUAAGGUACCUUGAAAAGCACAAACUGUGUCCAGUGUGUGACGUUCAAGUGCAUAAGACACGCCCACUUCUGAAUAUCCGGUCCGACCAGACGCUCCAGGAUAUUGUGUACAAAUUGGUCCCAGGCCUCUUCAGAAAUGAGAUGCGAAGACGACGAGAGUUCUACGCCAGCUUGCCCCCAUCUGAACGCUCAUCUAGGCCGAUAUCAAGCGAGGGAAGAGGAGACGUUCGCAAUGUUGAGCGGCUCAUCUUCAACCGUGAGGAUUUGAUCAGCGUGUCCCUGGAAUACAGUGCCCGGGAUAUUCUGCCCAUUCGACCAUUGUUGCUGGGGCCUCCUCUACCCGAAAGCCAGGAAAGUCCCCCAGGUAGCCGCCGAUACCUCCUUUGUCCUGGUGGAUUUACCGUGGGUCACCUCAAGAAAUUCCUAAGGGCAAAGUUUGGCUUGUCCAAGAACCACGAGGUGGAUGUGAUGUACAUGCAUGACCACCUCCUGGAUGAAUAUGCUCUCAUGGACCUUGCCUACAUUUACUCUUGGCGCAGGAAUGCCCCCAUGCGGUUGCUGUACCGGUUUCCUGUGCUACCACCAUCACUCGUGAGCUCGAGCUCAAAGGCAGAUGAUGCGGUCCCUGUGCCACCAGAUGAAGGAAAAAGCAUUUUCAUCGGAUCCACUGCAUCCCAUCAGACCACUGACGUGCCACCAGCUGGCUCUGCAUCAAGUAAAAGGAGCCAAGCUCCUUCCAGUGAUGCCAGUGCGAAUGCUAAUGCAGUGUGUGCCACCAAUCCUAGCCAUGUGAACCCCACAAGUGUUAACCGCAGUGACACAGGCAGUGUUAGUGCUAACCGCUCUAGUACAAUUAACCAUGUCAAUUCUGGUUUUUCCCAGAAUGCCACUUUACUCAGCAACAAGGACAGUACUGCUGUUAACGUAGCAGCAAAUUCUCAAAAGCCAGUUGAGCCAAUCAGCAUGAACCGUGAAAGGUCUCCUGCAAAGCAACCUGUUGAGACUCCUUCAAACAAGCUUCCAGAAAAUGCUAUGUCUAAACAAGGUGCUGUAAGCCAUACUGGCAGUGUCGGUGGUCUGUCACCAGCAGGAACCCCACAGCCACCACGAAACCAACAGCCAUUAAAGAGCCAGCAGUCACCACAAAGCCAGCAGCCACCACGAGGCCAGCAGCCACCACGAGGCCAGCAGCCACCGCAAGGCCAGCAGCCACCGCAAGGCCAGCAGCCACCACGAGGCCAGCAGCCACCACAACAAUCACCACAAAUGCAGCAAACUCCACAAAGUCAACAACCACCACAAAACCAACAACGAAGGAAUCCACAAGUUGUUAAACUUUCUGCAAGCAUGGAGUGCACUCCUUGUUUGCCCACAACGCCUCGUGUUACUGGCAUCAAACCCGGUGUCGAACAGAAAGUGCCGUCCAGUGGGGCAAGUGCCAACCAGCCAGCGUCAUGGCUUGGCCGCACGCCCAGUUCCAGCCCACCAGUUAGUCGUGUGGUGACCAGUGGACAGAGACCUGGAAGCAAGGCUACCGUGUUUUCCAAGACAACACCACCAUCACAUCGCAAGAACGGUGUGUCAACAGCGAAUGGUGUGCACAGCAAUUUGCGGCUCAUCCUGCCUGCACCAGCCAAGGCUAAUGGUCUUACGGACAGUAGAGAGGUGUUGCCAAAGGCCACUAAGGCAAGCAGUCGACCGAGUGACAGUCCAAGCAGCCCAGCCAAGCGGCCACAUUUGGACUCUCGGCCUGGCAAGGAGGCUGCGGUGUCAUGACCUAGGACACCCGUGCGCAUGUGUACAUAAGAAGGCACAGCACAACUACUUCAAAGCAGGCAGUCUCCAGCAGAGAUACAUGUGCGUUAUUGCUAGUGAAGUAGUUAGACACAGAUUCGUUAACUACAGCAGUGCAUUGUGUCUUCUUGUUGGCAAUCCAUGCAAGUAUGCUUUUGCAAACUGGAGACAGUUCAUAAUCACAUGAAGACAUCUGCUGAAAGCAUUUCCUCUUUAGUGCAAGCUGAUUUUGAGAAUGGUUGGUGAAGGCUUUAAAGUCUGAAAGUAUAUUUAGGCUGCCAUAAAUGGUUUGCCAAUUUCCUAUAUAUUUCAAGAAAAUUAAUUUUUGGUUUGUUUUCUCCAAGUUGUGCAGGUAGCCCUCUUCACAGUAUUUCUUGCCGUUGAUGUAUGCCGGUAACCCUUCUCUUAGCAAGUCUGUCUGCUUUCUGAUCUCAGCAUCGUUGAGAGCCGCAAGUGCUGCAUCGUUAUGGUCCUCUGCUGGACAUGCAAAAUUGUGUUAUGAAUAAGACCACUUGCAAGCACAAUAUGCAGCUGUAAACUUCCAAUAGGAGUGAAAAAUCUGAAGUAAUGAGUAAUCUCCUGGAUGCUGGUCCUGCUUUGAAGUAGUGUUGCUCUCUAUUAAGUUAUUACCUGGGGCCACUGCAACAAGGAAGUUGAAGCAGUGCCUUGGACGCUUCACAUACUGUGUGAUACAGCGCUCUAAGCUGUCUCGUUUGCAAGCAAUGCAGAGAGCAUGCCUAGACUGACCACACCGAGCUUGUCACAAUUGCAAGGCACAAGAAGCCUCGUGUUACAUAGCAUCUAUCAGAUGUGUAUUAUAUUUUUGCACUCAUAUUGAAGCAUGUGUAUAAACGAUUUGUACAGAAAUGAAGCCCCAACGGUGCCUGAGCCAUCAUCAUUUUUGACUAGCACUAAAUUAAAGCACAUAUAAAAAGGUAUUGUACAGAAAUAAAACCUCAAUGGUGCUUGCACCACUUUUGACCACCAGUGCCGUUUCUAAAGCUAUACGCUGUUUUUCAUCAAAGUGCCAGUGUCUGAAUGUAAUAAAGAAAAUUGAAUGCUCAAUUGGCAGAUGGAAAUGCCAAUCCAAGAUA